AUGCUGAGAUGGGCCGUGCUGCUCUCCUUCUUCACCGUGGCUGCGGCGGAGGGCUGUGAAGGCAAGCUUGAAAAGGAUCAUCAGAGAUCUGGUAGCUGCGAGGACGACAUCGAUGCGAGUCAGCUCCUGCAGCACGCCCUUGCAGAGAAGGAGACAUCCUGGGAGGACUUCCGGCUGGCUUCCAAGGGCAGCCCUGAAUUCUCCAUCCACCUGGCCUUUAUGGGCUUCCGUGCGGCGAAGUACAUGUUGCACGAGGAAGCCGAGGAAGUCCACGAGGCGGCCCAGCAUGCGGGGAACCAGCUUAGGCGCAUGGUGGACACCGCCCCGCCAGAGCAGGUCAGGGAAGUGUUCCGACAAGCCCUGACCCCGAUGGAGGACUUUUUGAACGAUGUACAGAAGCAGCUGGAUCGGGGAGUUCCGCUCGUGGACCACUCCUUGUCCUCAUACGACCUCUAUCGCGCCAGGAAGGCCUACCUGAGUUCCGUCCAAGAUGCGCACUCGGUCCUCGCGAAGUUGUGGAGCAUCUGCACUAAGUUGGACCACCGCCACAUCGAGAACGACCUGCGCGAGUGCACCCAGGCAAGCAAAGCCUUCGAGGAAGCAUACCCGAAAGCGAAGCUCGACUUCUUGAGCGCCCUGGAGGAAGAGUUUGAGAAAAGGGUGGAGCACAGACAGAACCUCAGGAAAUUUGCAAACAUCAUCGUGGCCGAGAUGAUGGCGAUCGCGCGACAUAUGUCCCAGGAGGUCAGCAAGGUUCUAACAGACACUACCGAGGGCUUGGCGAAGCUCGCGGGUUUGCUCCCGGAAGGGGCAAACGCGACCGAAGCAGCGGCAAGCUGA